UGCGUCAUCAGUGUGCGUCAGACAAUGUUGUGAACUGUUGGAGGAUUCGACGCAGGAAGGUUAUUAAUCCCUCAAAACAAUGUUUAUGCCAAGAGCCCUGAAGGUGAAGAGACCGGCCCAGAGAUCAGGACAGACUUUGAUUAAGAAAAGCAAGAUAGAAGAGGACAAGAGGAAAGAAGAGAGGAGUUCAGAGGCACCUGUUCACGAGGAGGAGGCAUAUGAAGAUGUGAAGGUACAGGAGGAGACAAAUCAAGCUAGUGGAGACCCUGCAGCUUUGACAGAGAGCUCAGUACAUGAAGAUGGACUUAAAUCUUCCUCUGGUGAAGAAGAAGAAGAAGAAGAAGAGGAGGAGGAGGAAGAAGAAGAAGAAGAGGAGGAGCCGGUGAAAUCAUUCAAAAAGAGCCAGAGAUGGCCCGAGCCGGGGGAGCCUGUCUGUGUGAUGUGUGGUCGCUUUGGGGAGUACAUCUGUGACAGCACUGACAACGACGUUUGCAGUCUGGAAUGCAAAGCCAAACAUCUGCUGCAAAUGGGGAUGGGCACUGGGGCAGAUGUGUUUACCCGUAAGGACGCCGGUGGAGGUGGACAGACUCAACCCCGGACGCCUGCAGGUGAAGCAGGUGCAGUGGGUGAAGGUGAAGCAGGGUAUUCCUACAGUGAAGAUCGAUUCAUAUCAGGCCUGACGGACGAACAGGUGCAGCGUAUAAAGAAGGAGCUCGGCAUUGACACGCAGGGCAGUGAUGUCAGCAGACCCAUCGUUGAGUUCGAGCACUGUGGCUUCCCCGCCACGCUGAGUGGGAACCUCAAGAAGGCGGGCUAUGAGGCGCCCACGCCGGUCCAGAUGCAGAUGGUGCCUGUGGGUCUCAGCGGCAGGGACGUGAUUGCCAGCGCAGACACAGGCUCAGGGAAGACUGUGGCCUUCCUGCUGCCAGUGGUGGUCAGAGCACUCGAGAAACCAGCGAGUAGUGUGCGAAGUCCCAUGGCUCUGAUCCUGACCCCCACCAGAGAACUGGCCAUUCAGAUAGAGAGACAGGCCAAGGAGCUGGUGAUGUGCAUCCCCAACAUGAGGACUGCCCUACUGGUGGGCGGCAUGCCACUUCCCCAACAGCUCCACCGCCUCAAAGCCAGCAUCAAAAUUGUCAUAGCCACCCCUGGGCGACUCCUUGAGAUCUUGAGGCAGAAAGCAGUGACGCUGGACACAGUGAAGGUCGUGGUGGUUGAUGAGGUGGACACCAUGUUGAAGAUGGGCUUCCAGCAGCAGGUGCUGGAGGUUCUGCAACAAGUCCCAGAAGAGCAUCAGACUCUGCUGGCCUCGGCCACUAUCCCAAAGGGGACAGAGGAGCUGGCGGCUCGUCUAGUGCGUGACCCAGUGCGUAUUGUCAUCGGAGAGAAGAACCAGCCCUGUGCCAACGUCAGGCAGAUCCUGCUGUGGGUAGAGGAACCCUCCAAGAAGAAGAAGCUGUUUGAGAUUCUUAAUGACAGUAAGCUCUACCACCCCCCUGUGGUGGUGUUUGUCGACUGUAAACAGGGGGCUGAUCUGCUCUGUGAGGCUGUCACCAAGGUGAUGGGUCUCAAUACAGUGGCAAUCCACUCUGACAAGAGCCAAUGGGAACGAAACCGCAUCCUCAGGGGUCUUCUGGAGGGAGACUUUGAGGUGGUGAUCAGCACAGGAGUGUUGGGCAGAGGACUGGACCUGGUCAACGUCCGACUGGUGGUGAACUUUGACAUGUCAAACACAAUGGACGAGUAUGUCCAUCAGGUGGGCAGAGCAGGUCGACUGGGACACAGGGGAACAGCCAUUUCUUUUGUCAACAACAACAACAAGCGGCUGUUCCUGGAGGUGGUGAACCGGGUGAAACCCACAGGGUCCCUCCUGCCCCCGCAGCUACUAAACUCCCCCUACCUCCACGAGCAGCAGAGGAGGGAAAAACAUAAGAACAAACUGGAGAGUGAGGACAUACUGGUCACUAAGAACAACCUCAUAGAUAUCAUCAGGAAACACGACCGGCGGAAGAAGUAGCUGAAGAAUCUGCUGUCUAUUUAUUGAAGAAAGGCUUAAUGUUUAUUUUGUAUAUUUUCAUUUGAAAAAAUAAAUUCAUUGAUUUAUA